AUGAAACAUUUUCUCGAAGUAUAUAAUUCCUCAACACAUUCUACAACAGGACAUACACCAAAUUCAAUGACACAACAACAAGAAGAAAAGUAUAUACAAAAGAAACGAAGCCAAACACAAAAUAUCAGAAAUUCAACACAAUUUACCCUCAUUCCUGGUACAAAAGUUCGUGUAGUUCUUGACGACAAACCGUUGACAAAGAAACGUUUAAGGUUAAGUCGAAAUUAUUAUAUCGUAGACUCUACGCAAGGUAAUGGAUAUCUUAUAAAAGCUGCUGACGACUCCAUUGCAUUUUACCCUCGACAUAAAUUAGUCGAAAGUAGUAAUGGCAAACUUGCUGAAACCAUUGACGAAGCAAAGCGAGGAGUGGUUAUUGAAAUACUUGGCUAUAACAUAAACGAUGACACUUAUAAAGUAAGAUAUGAAGGAGGCGUUGAAGAUGUUAUACCAUCUAAGAACUUGAGAGAAUCUAAACCAACUCAUCUGGGACCAUUAGAGUGGGAGUACUGGAAAGAUAAAAAUAAGCCAGAAAGAAUAAGAAAAUUCUUCUAA